AUUGUAUUGUAUAUUUAUAAAAAAAAUAAAAAUAAAAAAGUUUUAUAUCUAUAUCUAUAUAUCAUGUACCAUGACCAUACAUCUCCUAUGAGUUCACCAUUAGCUUCACCUAUUGGUUCUCCUUAUCAAAACCAAGGUGACUGGGAUCAACUUCAAUCUCAAUUCUCUCAACAAAUGUCUUUACAACCACCAAACACAAAUGGCAAUAAUAAUAUUAAUAAUAAUAAUAAUAACAAUUCUAGAAACAAUAACAAUACUUUUGUACAUAAACUUCAUACUAUGGUAGGCGAUAUUCAAUAUCAACACUUGAUUGCAUGGACAUAUUCUGGUACUUCUUUUAUUGUUUGCAAUAUUACUGAAUUUUCAAGGGAUGUCUUACCUAAACACUUUAAACAUAAUAACUUUUCAAGUUUUGUACGACAAUUGAAUAUGUAUGGCUUUCAUAAAGUCAACAAAUCACCAAGGGGACAUCGUACAUUAGCUGAAAAUCAAAUAUGGGAAUUCUCACAUAGCAAGUUUUUACGUGGACGGGCUGAUUUAUUGGAUGAAAUUAAACGAAAAGCAUUGGAAACCGAUCUGGCAAGAAGGGAACAUAAUGGGAUAGACAUGAAUUCUCAUAUGACAAUGAUGCAAAUGGCUCAAUCUGAUAUGCGUCAACAAUUAGUACAAUUACAAAGUAAUUUUACUCAAAUCGUCAAAGAAUUGGAAGAUACGAGGAAACAACAAUCUAUUCAAAUGGAUAUGCUGAAAGGGUUGAUGCAAUUCAUGUCUCAACAAUUAGGUGCUCCUUUACCACCUUCUCUUACACUAGAUACCACCGAUACCAAUAAACAACAACAGCAACAUCAAUUUAAAAAUAAGGCCGCAGAACAACCACCACCAAUAUAUAUUACAUCACAUGAUACAACAUCAAAACAGGAAUCUUAUUAUGUCUCAAUGUCAUCCUCUCCAUCAAACUGUUAUUCUUCACCUUCAUCACCUCAAUUACCAACUCAUCAUCGUCCUCCUAGUCUGACUGUACAAACACAUAACCUUCAACAAUCUUCUUCAUCACCUUCUUCACCUAUUGGUCUUGAUCCAUCAUCCCAUCAUCAUCAACAACAACCUCCAUUAUCGCCAGCCUCAUCCGUCAACUCCUAUCAUGCAGCCGUCAAUACGCCAUUACCACCAAGUCCCAGUCCAGGUGCUUUUUUCACUUCAGAAGAUGAUCCUGCCCUGUACUCCAAUCCACAUUCUCCUCAUACGCCCUUCCUUCUGGAUCAAUCCCCCGAAGCAUUUAACCAACGAUUAACUAUUGCCGAUCCUUCAUUUCAAGCAACUCAUUUUUAGCUAGUUAAUUUUGUUAUAUAGUAUUCUUUUUUUUUUCUUUUUUUUUGGAAAUAAAAUUUAUUCACCCUCAGAUUCGAAGCACCUCUUUUCUUUGAAGGUUAUCAUUAGUUUUGUUUUCAUGAAUGAUGUUACACACUUAACAUAAUAAUGGAUUUUUUUUUCUCAUUUGUCUUAAAUGGAUGAAUAAAGUGUAGUCAGCGUUCAGGCUUCCCUUUUUUGUAACUCAGUUUGUGCCAAG